AUCCAAAACCAAAGCACAAUCUCUUUUCUCAGUUCAUCUUCCAAACCAAACACAUUUCCACAGUCAUGGCCGGCAUCAAAGUCCAUGGAACCGCUAUGUCAACUGCAGCAGCGCGAGUUUUGGCUACCCUCUACGAGAAAGAGGUGGAAUUUGAGCUUGUUCCGAUAGACAUGAGAGCCGGUGAACAUAAAAAGGACUCCUUCCUUGCCCUCAAUCCAUUUGGUCAAGUUCCAGCUUUUGAAGACGGAGAUCUUCAGCUCUUUGAGUCAAGAGCAAUUACACAAUACAUUGCCCAUGAGUACGCUUCAAAGGGAACCCCGCUGAUAGUCCCAGACUCGAAGAAGAUGGCAAUUCUAUCAGUGUGGACAGAGGUGGAGGCACACAAGUUCGACCCUGCAGCCUCAAAACUGUCAUAUGAGCUAGCAAUAAAGCCUCUCCUUGGCAUGGUCACUGACUUCGCAGUCGUGGAGGAAUUCGAAGCUAAGUUGGGUACAGUUCUCGAUGUCUAUGAGAAACGUCUGGGACAAUCGAAAUAUUUGGGAGGUGAUUGCUUCAGCUUGGCAGAUCUUCACCACCUUCCAACUACACAAUACUUGAUGGGAACACAAGCCAAGAAGCUCUUUGAGUGCCGUCCGAAUGUUAGCGCAUGGGUAGCUGAUAUCACUGCCAGGCCUGCUUGGACUAAAGUCCUCGCCAUGAGAGCUCACUAAAGACUGCUGUUUCUGGCAUCAUAUGUGUUUGGCCUUUUCAUUUCCUCCAAUAAGUGGGACAAAACUCUGCUGUUUUAUAACUUGCUGUUGUACACCUUUGAGCUUUUGCCUCUUGUCUUCAGUGUGAAAUUGUGAUGCCGUCUGCCU